GUUGGAUGCUGGUUACCCCGCUGCCGAUGCCAAAGAUCUCGGCCCAGGCAUCCCACCGAGUGCCUUCGGCAAAGGCAAAGGGGGCGUUGAUAAGGAGGACCGCGAGGAUGAUGCGGAGGAGCCAUCUGAUGGCCGGGAGGUGGACAACUCCCGUUUGUACGAUCUCCUGGGGGUCGACAAGGAUGCGAGCAGCACCGACAUCAAGAAGGCCUACCACAAGAUGGCCAAGAUGCACCAUCCCGACAAGGGUGGUGAUCCCGACGCUUUCAAGGAGUUGCAGAGGGCAUUCGAGGUUCUCAGCGACUCGGAAAGGAGGCAGACCUACGUGAGGGCCUGGAGAGAUGAUCCAAACAGUAGUCUUAAUUACAUGGUUCGAGCCCUUGUACUGGCAUUCUAG